UGCUAAAACAAUAGCGAAAAGGCUACACCGACUACUCUUGUCGCUUUUAAGGCCGUACAGAACCAGUCAAAACUCCGUGAAUAUGAAAAUGUAACCCAUUUCCGGUCUUUUCCGAAAAAUCUCUCAUCAUGGCGGAGCAGACCGAGAGAUCGUUUCAAAAACAGGAUGCAGUCUUCAUGAACAAGAAGUCUGCUUUACUGUCUGCAAAGGGCAAGAAAAAUCUUCGUUACUCGAAGAGUGUUGGUCUAGGAUUCAAGACGCCAAGAGAAGCUGUCGAAGGCACAUACAUUGAUAAGAAAUGUCCAUUUACUGGUAACGUGAGCAUCCGAGGACGUAUUCUGUCAGGUGUUGUUAUGAAGAUGAAGAUGCAAAGGACUAUUGUAAUCCGUAGAGAUUAUCUGCACUUUGUGAAAAAAUACCAGAGAUUUGAGAAGAGACAUAAAAAUAUGUCUGUGCAUCUUAGUCCAUGUUUUAGGGACGUAGUGCCUGGUGAUGUUGUAACUGUUGGAGAAUGCCGACCCCUCAGUAAGACCGUCAGAUUCAACGUUCUCAAGGUCUCCAAAGCAGCAGGAUCUAAAAAAGGAUUCAAGAAAUUCUAAAUGCUGUGUAAA